AUGUCCGGAAGUGCCGCUAUUGACGUGAGGCCCCUUUGGCGCCAGAGUUCCCUGGUGCCUGGCGGUUUCUGGGAUAGCGCAGUUUUUGAGUCGGCGCCGGUUGCUAGGCGCGUUUUCGGGAAUCCGGGUGGCGGCUUUUUCAUCCUGGGUUGUGCUUGAUGCCAACCCAGUGGUUGGCGACGGGCUCCCGAGCCAAAGACAAGCUGUGGUUGGAGAGACAGUGAAACACCGGGCUGGUCAGGCCCUGCCGGAGCUCCCAGGGCCCAGCACCACAGGCCCAAACCGAGACUCUGAAGGGAGAGGCCGGGGACAAACAAGAGUGCAGCCCGGGAGCAGUCAGAGCAGGCCUGCAGAGUCUGGGCUGGGGCUCCUGUGGCGCGACACUGACGCCCAGAUGCUAGAGGAAGGAGGGCUGCCUUUUCCAGACCCUACCCUUCCCCUAGAAGAAAGUAUAGGAGAGGAAGGAAUGGGAUCCACAUCCUUCAGCAAUGCGACUGUAGCUUUUACCCAUGAUGGGUGGAGGCCCCUGGCCACUGCUCCGAGGGACAGGUUCAAGGAGCGGGUACCAGGAAAGUCCAGGAACCUGGUCCUGCUGGGACUUCCAGUUUCACAGCCUUGCAUGAACUCUCAGCUGGAACAAAAGGAAGAACCAUGGAUGCUAGAGGGAGAAAGCCUAGGAAGUUCCUGUCCAGACUGGAAGAUUCUAUCCAAGGAAUCACCACCAGAGCAAAACAUUUCUGAAAAGUCAUUCCAAGACGCAAGUGUAGAACUCUCCACUGUGGAGUCAAACAACAGAAACAAUGAAUUUGGGAAGAGCCUCAAUCUGAGACCAGUCCUUUCUCCACAACAGCGAGUUCCUACAGAGGUGAGACUCAGUAAAUGUGAAACACAUACAAAAAGUUCCAAAACUUCAGAUUUAAUUAAACCUCACAGAGCAAAACCAUACACAUGCAAUGAAUGUGGCAAAACCUUCGGUUACUGUUCCUCACUUUCUCAACAUCAAAAAAGCCACACUGGGGAGAAGCCUUAUGAGUGCAAUGAAUGUGGAAAGGCCUUCAGUCAGAGCUCUUCUCUUAUUCAGCAUCAGAGGAUUCACACCGGAGAGAAACCUUACAAAUGCAGUGAAUGUGGAAGAGCCUUCAGCCAAAAUGCAAACCUCACGAAACACCAGCGAACUCAUACUGGAGAAAAGCCCUACAAAUGCAGUGAAUGUGAGAAAGCCUUCAGUGACUGUUCAGCCCUAGUUCAGCAUCAGAGGAUUCACACUGGGGAAAAACCCUAUGAAUGCAGUGACUGUGGGAAAGCCUUCCGUCACAGUGCAAACCUUACAAACCAUCAGAGGACUCACACCGGGGAGAAGCCCUACAAAUGCAAUGAGUGUGGGAAGGCCUUCAGUUACUGUGCAGCAUUUAUUCAGCACCAGAGAAUUCAUACAGGAGAGAAACCCUACAAAUGUAAUGCAUGUGGGAAGGCCUUCAGCCAGAGUGCAAAUCUCACAAACCAUCAGAGGACUCACACAGGAGAAAAACCCUACAAAUGCAGUGAGUGUGGGAAGGCCUUCAGCCAAAGCACAAAUCUUAUAAUCCACCAAAAAACGCACACUGGUGAGAAGCCAUAUAAAUGUAAUGAAUGUGGCAAAUUCUUCAGCGAGAGCUCAGCCCUCAUUCGCCAUCAUGUAAUUCACACUGGAGAAAAACCCUAUGAGUGUAAUGAGUGUGGAAAAGCAUUUAACCAGAAUUCAUCCCUUAGUCAGCACCAGAGAAUUCACACUGGUGUCAAACCCUACGAAUGUAAUGAAUGUGGGAAGGCCUUCAGGUGUAGUUCAGCCUUCAUUAGACAUCAGAGACUCCAUACUGGAGAGUGACGUAAUGAAAGUGGAGAAAGCCCCAGACAUCUGGGGGACCUGAUAAAUGCAGAUGAUCUGAAAGCAGCAUCUUGAGAUCUGACAUCUAGUUUAGCACAGAGCCACAUGCAGAAGCACCUGUAAUAAAUGCUCACUCGUUUUACAUGUUGCAUGUGGCAUUCAAUGAGCACCAAAGAAUUUAGGGAAUCCAGUAGCCCCACUCAGAUUUCAUCCAACUGUACAGAUUUACCUUUAUUCAGACCAAAUGGGUAAAAGAAUGCUUUUCAUAUAGCAAUCACUCCAGAAACCUUUAGGAAUAAGUGUAUCAAUGAGUAAAAGAGAAUUUGGUUCCUACAUUAAGACCAGGUAUUUAGGCAGCACUUGUAAUUCUUUCCUUUAAGUACUGAAGGCAGUUGUAGAAGGCCACAAGUUUCCACUUAAAGGUGACCAACUAUUGGAUUAAUUAUCUCACUGGGGGAAAAUAUGCACUCCCUAAUGCUAAAAAGAUGAGAAAAAUCAAGACACAGCUGUCACCCAGGAGAGCACUACUGAAUCCCUGCUUUGUGACUUGUCAUUAGACUAGGUCUAAUGCUUAUUUCACAGGAGUGAAAUUGGUAAGAGCAGGGAGGACUAGGAAAGGCCAACAAGAUUGAGACCUGUGAAGUGGAUGUUACCUGCAACCCUCGUCAUGCACUUCGGGAAGUUCAAAUUUCACUGUUGGCAUGUGUUGCUCCUUUACAUUGACCUGGGACUACCCAUCUGGCAAACCACUCCCCUCAGCAAUGUCUAUGGCUUCCCUAGUUUCAGAGAUACUCUCCAUUUAUUGGUCUAUAAAAGCUGGUUGCCUGGAAUGCUUAUUCCCCCACUCUUACCUGUUAUCAGGUAGUCCUUUCCACACAAAGCCAAGGACUCAACCCUGUCUGCACAUUAGACCACCUGGGGUGAUAAAGAACCCGAAUUUAAAGGACUACUGGCAAGAUUAAUGGGAGAGCAAAGAAAUAACAAUCUGGGGGGUAGUAAAUUUCUUAGGGCACUCUAGGUUGAUAUACAGAAGCCUUUUCCAGGUGAUGCUUUAAGCUGCUUGUCCCAGUGCCCUGGUACCUUGUUUAUACCUUCUCUUUCACAGCACAUGUGAAAGGGGAAUGCGUAAGCACAUCCUUUGGAAAGUGACUCAAAAGGAAAAGAGCCUAAGGGAAGAUGAAAAGAUUUGGGAAAGGUGAGCCAGACACCUUAUACAAAUAGCUUGUUACUGGUCCAAAGCAAAUGGGUUUGGAGAAUAGUAAAGCUAGGAUUUGAACCUCAGUGUAAUAUCAACUGAGAAUGAGCUAGGGAUUGUAAUGGUGGUCUCUGUUGUCACAACACUGGUUCUGGACCUAGGCUGCACACUAGAAUGUCUAGCAAGGACCUCCCACCUAUCCAAUACAGAUUCUAGGGUCUUGAAUGUAGAGCUUCCCUACAUGUUCAUGGCUGAACUACAGGUUUUCCUUCUGGCUGGGCAUAUUUUUUUUCCAGUGAAAGAGCUCCAUAUUAAAAUGUCCACGAGAAGCACCAGCUUCCUUUAUGCGUAUACUUUUCUCAUCUUCUGAACUGCCAGUGUGUUACCUACAAAGAGGUCCCUGUCCAGAUUGUCACUCCUCCAAGGUCCUGCCAUCUUGGCCUCUUCAACCACCCCCUAAAGCUAGCUUCCCCCAAGAAAGAUAACAUAUCAAAAAGCAAACCUACUGGCUGUCAAAUUAUCUUUUAUUGAAAUAUUUUCCUUUGAAGUUCUUAACUCUGUGGGAAAGAAAAAAAAAAGCCCUAUCAGUAAUAGCACACCACUAGAACUUUCCAACUUUUAUCCAUGUAUGUCAGCUCCUCCCCUGCUCCCAUUUUGACCAAAUGAAACAGUCACUUACAGCUGGGCAUUCUACUGCACCACUGUUGAUGUCAUCUAUGAUGUCAUGAGGGUGGCGGCCAUCCACAUUGCAGCCCACAGACUGGGCAGUCCCCAGAAUCUCUUUAAUGGUUCCUAUAACAAGUGAGAAAAGCUGGUGUCAGAGGGGCUCAGUCCCACAAUCCUGGGGUUAACAGUGAGUUUGCAGCAAGCAGGGGGAGUGAUAGUCUUUGCGGGUACCAGGAAUGACAUCUCUAAUCCUAAAGCUCAUAUUUCUAUCUAAUUACAUAAACCCCCUGAUGUACCUAAUGAAACAUAUCCAGCCAUGAUCUUAAGCCAUCCUUUCAAACCCAAUAAGGCACCACAUCUCAAUUUGAGUGUUAAAGAAUAGCCCUCAUUGACCAAAAAUUUUCCAAUUGCAAAAAUUAAAGCGGUGCACGUUGUCCUCUUACCAGAGAGUUCUCUAGCCAAAGAUCGGUGCCGCAUCUGUCGGGCAAUGUUGACAAUCUCAUCAAAAGUGAUAUUUCCACUGUGCUUAACUGUAGAAAAUAAAAAUACCAAAAGCUUUGUCACAACCCAAUGCCAGCGCAAACCACAUUAUGUCCUCCCUCAUUUAUUUCCAGGCUGUGCCCAUGCUUUCGGCACAGAGUCAUCCACAUGAAGAACAACCCUGUUUCCUAAGCUGGGGUUUACUAUCAGCUCACCACUGGAUUGCACCAGCCAACAGUGAACUGGUCAGGUGCAGUGGCGGGUGGCUACAAGCAAAACCAAGUCUUUGCUAAUCUGACAUGGAAGAGACUUAUUAUUUUAUCCUUGUUUUAGAGAUGAGAAAAAACAGGCUGAAGUUACUGGGGUCAAACUGUCCAGUGUCACCCAGCUGGGGAAGUCUCCUGAUUACUGCCUCACCCCACACCUAAUUGCCCAGAACAGGCAAUGAUGCUCAUGUCCAAGGUUUCCCUCUUCCAUGGAAGCUUUAUAAAGUAGCACCUAUCCCCCUGGAUCAGAGGAUGGGAGAGCAACAUGACACUAAGUUGGUGUGCUGGUUUUGACAGCUUUCACCGAAUCACCACCCAAUCCCCAUGCCAAGCCAGGGUUCCAUGAAAGGGGGCAAAAUAUCCCUGCAUCAUUGAAUACACAACAAUCACAAAGCACUACUAAAAAGAUUAGAGGAAAAGGCAACUCACUGUUUUUCUGCUUCUUCCUGUCUCUGGGUGGUUCCUUAAGGGCUUUGAUGAUCAGGGCAGAGGCAGAAGGUACCACUUCAAUCUGCAGAAGAGAUUCUCGAUGUAAGUCCCACCCCACCUCCAGUGACGACAACCAAUACUGCCAGACCACAGGCCAAGUCAUCCUGGGUGACUCCUAAAGUCACACAAGUAACGAGUUAACUAUUUGAACCUUGCUCUUUGCUCUAGAGAUCCAAGCUCUUGAAAAGGUCUUUCCACAAAGAUUAUAUUAUCCUUUCACUUGUAAUUGGAGUGUACAGUCUUUCCAUCACUUCACUCCUGAAUGUAUGUGUGAACACCUGAGUUUAACUCCACCACUGCAAUAGCUGCCUCUUAGAGCUUUGAACAGGACUGCUCUCAGCUCACGAGUAGUGAUAAGUGCCUGGGUCAGCAAAUCAGGAGACCCCAGAAAGCUGCUCCCUUUCCCCCUUCCCCAAACCAAGUACAAAUAAAUACCUGGGCCUGUCUGUUCUGAAUGGUCAGUUUCACUGUAAUCCUUAGACCUUUCCAGUCACCAGUUGCCUUGGCAAUGUCAUCACCAACCUUUUUUGGAGACUGCAGAAAUAAAGGUACAGAAUCACACUGUGUCUGAUGUUGAACCUUGAAAUCUAUCCAGUACUUCUCACUUGGCAAUGCCCCAAAUCUUUAUCCAGCACACAGGAAGCUAUGUUUGAACCCACCUAAUCAAGACAAGUUAUUCCCACGUUACAGACAACAGUGGUUAAGUUUUUCCAGGGUUGUCAGCUGGAAAAGCUGAGGGUCACAAUGGGGAUAAGUUCCUUACUUUACUACCUCCUCAUAAGGAUCUAUGUGGUAAAGGAGGGGUUUUCAACCCCAACUAUGUUAGAAUCACCUGGGAAACGGCAUCAGCUUGUCCUAUUAGACCAACCAAGUCUAAUUCCAGUGACCACUAACCUAAAGAGGAGGGAUGUCAACAGGACUAAGGAUCAAGAAAUAAUACACUGGGUUAAGUGAUGUAUUUGGGGAGAAGAAUACUUUCCAAAGAACAAAGGCCUAAACGUUUAGAGGAAAAUGCAAAUCCAGUAAAAGCAGAGUUUAAAAUGAAAGGGGCAACAGGCAGAUGAGGCUGGUGAUCAACAGGGACCAGGCAAAGCAAGUCUUAUUAACCACAAGGUUUACACUAGUAAGCAAACGUGGAAAUACAAUCACCAGGAUUUUCACCCACGCUCUCUUAACAGUGCUGUCACAAAACACUCCUGCCUCCAAAACUCACUUUUGACCUCUGUGGGCACAGCCCUUAGCCUGCAGCAGUUAUACCCACGUGGAGAGUAAAUUACACCUUCAAGAUACCGGCUUGGAUUUUCAAACAGAACCUUUCUGGUACUUGUUCUCCAGAGGCUCAGGGUAACAAACGAACCAAAUGAUGCUGGCACCCCGGUAGUCAUGUUUGCACAAGCCAGACUUCAACCCUCCCCGAGGAUGACUUACCAGACCGAGGGGGCCGAUCUUGGGGGCCAGGGCAGACGUGGCACCGACUUCCCCACCGGUGCACCUCAGGUACACUGGGAGAAAUAAAGGAUUAGGGCCUCUGCAAAGAUAGCCCCCAACUGCAUCCUUCUGGGGUUGAUCCCAUCACCCUUUGUCUCUUCUCGAAACAGCAGGAAGUCUCGGUCCGGACCGAGGCAAGCCGCCCGCCCCCCUUCCCUGCUGGCCGCUUUACGCCUUGAACGUGGGCAGCACGCGGCGCCACGUGGGACUGCGGUCCUUGGUUCAGCUACGGGUGCUGAGCCCCGAACCGGGCCGGCAUGGAGGAACCCCCGGCCUCCAGCGAACCCAGUCCAGGAGAGUAGAAAGCCUGAAGAGAAACCUUACCCUAAGGCAUGCGGGCUGCAAACCCGCCACAGGCCGUCCGUCCUCCCUCCCCAUUCAUGGGGAAACUGAGACCCAGAAGGGUAAAAGACUCGGCAGGACAGCACAGCGCCCUGAGCGCAGAAUCGGACGCUCACGAUAGGCCUCUAAGAGGCGACGGCUUUAAAGCCUGGUAUGGAAAGGCAAGCGCGGCAAGGGCCGCAGGCCCGACAAGCCGCAGUGGAGAGAGAUGCU